AGAGUCCACCAUUAACAAGCAAGAGCCAUCUGGGAGGAGCAAGCAAGAGCCAUCUGCUAUGGUUUCUCUCUCUAUCCGCGUGUUUCUCUCUCUACAAAUCUUGAUUUUGUUAAUCGGAUCGUUUUGCGUCCCUGAGAUCAGCGGUGGGGUCAUAGGAGGAGGGAACUUUAGAGAAUUCGAUUACUUCGCGUUGGCUCUUCAGUGGCCGGGCACUUAUUGUCAGAGAACUCGCCAUUGCUGUUCCUCCAAUGCUUGUUGCCGAGGCUCAAAUGCUCCAUCUGAAUUUACAAUCCAUGGACUAUGGCCUGACUACAAUGAUGGAACCUGGCCUGCUUGUUGCACCCGUUCUAAUUUCGAUAUAAAAGAGAUAUCAACAUUGCUUGAUGACCUAGAGAAGUAUUGGCCAUCUUUAAGUUGUGGUUCCCCAUCAACCUGCCAUGGUGGAAAAGGGACAUUUUGGGGUCAUGAGUGGGAAAAGCACGGGACUUGUUCCUUUACAGUUGUUGGUGAUGAAUACAAUUAUUUUUUUACAACACUCAACGUCUAUUUCAAACAUAAUGUCACAAAAAUUCUGAAUGAAGCUGGAUAUGUACCUUCAAAUUCGGAAAAGUAUCCUCUCGGAGGCAUUAUUUCUGCCAUCCAAAAUUCUUUCCGGGCAACUCCUAAAAUUAGUUGCUCACAUGGUGCGGUGGAGGAGCUCCAAUUAUGCUUUUAUAAGGACUUUAAGCCUCGGGAUUGUUUAACUGGAUCUAGCACUCAGAAUGACGAGAUUUCUUCAAAAAGCUCUUGUCCAAAAUAUGUCAGCCUGCCAGCAUAUGUUUCAAUGGGCCUUGAAGAUGGUGGUGGAACUGCAGUUUCACGGUGAUCUCAGAUUGAAGCUCUUUGAGAUCUUUGUGUGGAUCAGCUGAUACUGAUUAAUAAAUGUGAUGGAUGUUCUAUUUGUAAACAGUGUACUUUUGAUUUUUUCUUCUACUGUCUUUUGAUUUGUGAAGCAUUGAAUAGUGGAUUUAAAUUGUAAAUGCAAUACUCGAGUCAUUUUUAUACCACUCGGUAAGUUUUAGUGGGA